AUGUCGUGUCUAUCGGCUGAUGAUUACAGCUCUAGUCUGAUUACUCGGCUUUCUCCUCGUGUUCCAUCUCCGUUUUCUAUCCCGCUCGUCUGCGUCACGACUACCUCCGCCAACGAUUUCGAUCAAUUUGAGCAGUUUCAGGCAGACAUACUUCAGAAACUUUUAAAGAACACUCCUGGUGACCAUCUUUUCACAAAACUCCCCCCUGAGUGGGGAUCUCGCAUAUUCAAAGAGAUAGACGAGAUCUACCCUUGCAGGUAA